AUGCUCUCGCUCCUCCAGACGGCGAUGACGAUGCGGCGAGUCCUGGAGACGGUCGCGCCGCCGGGCGCACCUCACUCCACGGCACUCAGCGCGUGCGGCCACACGCUCGCCAACCUGAGCGUCGCCUACGACGGCCGAUACCCGGGCGGCAACUGGAGGCGGUUCUCAAAGUGGUCGGGGCUGGACGAGCAGGCGGCGGAGGAGUCGUCCUACUACUACUCGCGCGGCGGCGACGACUCCGCAUACUACGACGGGCGCGGCGGCGGCGGCGACGUCGAGGAGGCCCUCGAGCGUGACUCGUACGGCGGUGGCCGCUACUACGCCUUUGGCGACGACGCGAUGGAGCGGCCGCGCGGGCUCGGGUCCCGCCCGCCGCCGCCGCCGCCGCCGCCCUCUCCCUCCGCCGCCGCCCUCGCCGCCGCGCGCGCCGGCCAGCACGGGCGCGGCCGGGCGCCGUUUGUACUGUCGUCGCACUUCUCCGUCGCAGCGCGGCUCGAGCGGCACCGCCGCAGGCGGGCGGACGGCGACGCGUGGCGCGGCGGCGACGCGUGGGGCGGCGGCGGCGGCGACUCCGCCCUCGGCGACGGCCCGCUCACGCCGGACGGUCUGGUGCGCGAGGAGAGGGGCGCGGACCGAAAAGAGGCGAGCCGUGGCUUGAAGGUCGAGCCGGAGGAGGCGGCGCGAGGGACUUUGGCCGGACAGGCUGGCGGCGACGCGGGUGGUGGCGGCGUGCUCGCUGCCCCGCCGCCCAGUUCGCGCGAGGCGUCGCACGCGCUGCGGCUGAGGCGGACGGAGAUGGCGGGGCAGCCCCCCCCUCUCUCCUCGUCUCUCCGCCCCGAAGCCUCCCCGGCCCUGGCCGCUAGGCUGAUGAUGGACGUGUACCGCUCGCGCCGCACGUUUGGCGUGCUCGAGAACAAGCUGCUCACCCACUCGCUGCUGCGCCGCCUCGCCCUGCCCGUCGUGCCCGUGCUGUACGGCGCCUUCGCCGCGGGCCCGAUGGGCGAGUGGCAGGGCUAUUCGCGCGACCGGCUGAUCGAGGCGCCGUGCCGCCGGCCCCUGGCCCGACCCCAAUCUCUCGGCCCGAAUCUGGGGACCUCGGCGGACGCAGGCGCUGCGCCGCCACCGCCUCGGCCCGACGCGCGCGUUCGUGGCGAGCGCGUCGCUGACGAGGUGGAGAAGUGGCUCUUCGCGCGCCUCUCCUCGUGGGGCCAGUGGUACGAGCACCGAGGAGUGCUCGUGCAGCGGCUGUACACGGACGACGCGCCCGCCUCAGCCGCGUGGCCGCACGGGAUCGCCGAGCUCAACGUGCUGGUGCAAAAGGGCGAGCCGACGCACGUGCGCGUGAUGGCGAUCCCCAAGCCGAAGGGCGACGGCUGCUUCGACGUGCUGCUCCCGCCCUCGCGCCGGCGCGGGUCGGAGGCGUCCCCGGCCGAGGGCGCGCAGCCGUGGCCUGGCGCGCGCUGCAUCCCGGCGCCCAACUGCGCGGACUCGAUGGCGGCCUGCAAAAACUACUCCGUCCCCCGCCUCCUCAAGAAGCUCGAGCCGCAGCUGUCGCAGCAGGCGUCUCUGCUCGCCUCCGUCUUCGGCGCCGACUGGCUGCGGCUCGACUUCUUCUACGGCCACCCGCGCCGCGGCAGCCCUCGCCACCCGAGGCGGCCGAGGCGCUGGCUCAUCUCGGAGGAGAUCCGCGACGCGUGGCUCGCCGGGUACGGCUACGGCCGCGAGGGCGCGCCGCUCGAGCCGUCGACGGGCGCGACGCCGAUGCUGCAGGUGUCGGGCGAGUGCGUGGCGGACUCCUUGCUCAAGCUCGUCGGGGUGCCGCCCGUCACCUUCGCCACCAGCUGCUUCCUCUGCCACCCCCUCCCGCCGCUGCCGCCGCCGCCGCCGCCCUCCCCGCCGCGCCCGCCUACGCCGCCGCUGCCUCCGCCCUCUCCGCCGCCACGCCCUCCCAAGCCCCCGCCCCAAGCGCCGCGGCCGCCGGCAAAGGGAGCCGGCGGCGGCGGCGGCGGCAAGCACGCAUCCGCGCGCAGCAAGCACUCCAACCUGAGCGAGACGGCUCGCCGCGCGUCGGAGCCGCCGCCGCGCGCGCACAGCCGCGAGGGCCGCGCGGGCGAGAAGCAGCGGCUGGCUGGCCCCGCGAGGAGGGCGCUCAUGCGCGGCUCAUGAAUUACAUGAGUGGCGCUCACACACAUCCAGGAGAGGCGAGUGAGGACGUCCAGUGUGUGUGUUUUCAAUGUGCUCGUGUUCGUGCUUGUGUGUGUGCGUUGUGUGUGUGUGUGUGUGUGUGUGUGUGUGUGUGUGUUGUGUGUGUGUGUGUGUGUGUGUGUGUGUGUGUGUGUGUGUGUGUGUGUGUGUGUGUGUGCGCGCGCGCGCGCGCGCGAGGAAGUAGUCACCCGGCAAAGAGAGUUUACUUUAGUCUU